GUUUAAAGUGACUAACGAUAAGAAGGACUCAGCAAGUUGCCACAGAUACUUCUCUUCCACAGAAAUGGUUGAACCUGUAGGCAACCAGUAUGUCGUGGCCCGACCAGUGUAUUCAGAGGCCUUGUUUGACGAAGAACAUCAAAAAGUGCAUAGAUAUCAUAAAACCUUUCUGGAUCAUCUCAGAGUAUGUUUUAGCUGCUCACCACAAAAAGCAAAGAAAAUCACUCUUGGUGUGUUUCCUAUUCUCUCCUGGCUACCAGCGUACCGCUUCAAGGAAUGGAUACUCAAUGAUAUUGUUUCUGGUAUUAGCACAGGGCUGGUUGCUGUUCUACAAGGCCUAGCGUUUGCUUUGCUGGCAAAUGUUCCUCCAGGCUAUGGACUCUAUGCCGCCUUUUUCCCAGUGGUCAUGUAUUUCUUCUUUGGCUCUUCCAGACAUAUAUCUGUUGGUCCAUUUCCGGUUCUGAGCUUGAUGGUAGGAAGCGCAGUUUUAAAGAUAGUCCCCGAUGACACUGGCAAUAGCACACUCACGAACAGUUCGUUAACAGAUCAACAAAGAGUCAUGGUUGCAGCAUCUGUGACUAUGCUCGCAGGUAUUUUUCAGCUGCUACUGGGUGUCCUACGGAUUGGCUUCAUAGUUAUUUAUUUGUCUCAGUCAUUGAUAAGUGGAUUCACCACCGCCGCAGCUAUCCACGUUGUAAUAUCCCAGCUGAAAUUCAUCUUCCAACUGCCAGUUCCUGGAUACAAUAAACCGCUGGGGAUUAUUUGGACCCUAAAAAGCAUAUUUGAACAGAUUACGGACACUAACAUUGCAGACCUCGUCACUGCCCUCAUCAUCUUGGUCAUUGUCUUUGUGGUGAAAGAACUGAACGAUCGUUACAAAGCCAAGCUCCCAGUACCAAUCCCGAUUGAGCUCAUUGUGACGGUCAUAGCAGCUGGUAUAUCCUACGCUUGCAAUUUCAAAGAAAAGUAUGGAGUGGAUGUUGUUGGCAGGCUAGAUAGGGGAUUUCAGGCUCCAGCUUCACCAGAUAUGAGUACCUUCCAAAGCUGUGUGGGUGACAGUUUCUCCAUGGCAAUCGUGGGCUUUGCUGUAGCCUUUUCAGUGGCUAAAGUAUAUUCCAUCAAACAUGAUUACCCCAUAGACGCCAACCAGGAAUUAGUUGCCUUUGGAAUAAGCAACAUCUUUGGUGGUGCAUUCAAAGGAUUUGCUGCGAGCACUUCGUUGUCACGAUCCGGUGUACAGGAGAGCACGGGAGGUAAAACACAGAUUGCCGGCUUUCUCUCGGCUAUGAUUGUGAUGAUUGUCAUCCUGGCCAUAGGUCAUCUUUUGGAACCAUUGCAGAAGUCAGUUCUUGCUGCUUUGGCUCUUGGCAAUUUAAAGGGAAUGUUGAUGCAGUUCAAAGAGAUAGGAAUUCUGUGGAAGAAGGACAGAUAUGACUGUCUUAUUUGGGUUGUAACAUUCUUGGCUGCUGUUUUACUGGGACUGGAUAUUGGAUUAGCAGCAGGAGUAGGAUUUGAACUCCUGACAGUUAUAUUCCGUGCACAAUUUCCAAAAUGCACAGUGUUGGCCAACAUUGGGAGAAGUGACAUCUACAGGAACAGAAAGGAUUACACUGAUAUUUUUGAGCCGGAGGGAGUGAAGAUUUUCAGAUGCCCAUCUCCAAUCUUCUUUGCUAAUAUCGAGUUCUUCAAAGACAAGUUGACUGCAGCGGUUGGUUUCAAUCCACUGAGAGUGCUACGCAAGCGCAACAAAGCCCUGAGGAAAAUCAGAAAGAUGCUGAAGAAAGGAGAUCUUCAAGUGACCCCUAAAGGUUUUCUUUGUACUGUAAGUGGCCUGAAUGAUUCUGACGAAGAGCUGGACAACAACAGUAUUGAAGAACUGGACAAGCCUACAGAUACCAAAGACUUGCCAAUUCAGUUAGACUGGAACUCAGACCUUCCUGCCAAUAUCACUGUUCCCAGAAUUGACAUCCAUAGCAUCAUCCUCGACUUCUCGGCGGUGUCGUUUCUUGAUGUUUCUGCUAUGAGAGUCCUAAGAGAGACUUUAAAAGAAUUUGUCCGGAUAUAUGUAGAUGUAUACAUUGUGGGAGCACAUGAUGGUCUUCUGGAUAAACUGGAAAGAUAUGGAUUUUUUGAUGAUGAAAUUAAGCCAUCAAUCUUCUUCCUGACUGUUCAUGAUGCAGUUCUGUUUAUAUUAGUAAAAAAGGAUAUUGCAGACAGCUCAACCAAAUUCAAACCCAUUACAGAGAAGGAAAAGAAAGAUCAUUAUAUUAUCAAUACAAAUGGAGGACUCCGUAGUCGGGAUAUCACGGUGCCACCAGAAACAAAAUUCUAAACAGAUUUAUCAGAAAAGAAACACCAGCAAGUAAAACACCUGGAAAACAAUGUAAGUGUUGUCACCAGGGCUUUUUUUCUGGGAAAAGAGGUGGUGGAACUCAGUGCGUCGCUCCGCGGCGCGGAGAGCAAUCUAAACUCCCCUCUGUCUGGAGAUCAGGGGGCGGGGCCACCAGCCAUGUGACCAUUUUCAAGAGGUUCCGGAACUCUGUUCCACCGCGUUCCAGAUGAAAAAAGCCCUGGUUGUCACUACCAAGAACUACUUCAGAUGUUGAAGUCAUCUUGUAACAUGGACAAGUGUAUAUAUGUAUAGUAUAAAAAUUAUGUGAAAUGUGUUGAGGUUGCACAAUACUGAAUUAUCAAUCUGCAAUAUCAAAAAGUUAAAUAUCAAGAAUCUCCUUUAGGCUCAUGUAUAUGUAUGUUUGUAAAUAAUUCCUUUAUAUGUAAACUGUACAGUCACAAGUGUAUAAAUUGUUUCUACAACAUUACAAAAGGUUUUCCAUUUUAUACUGUACCUUAAAAUAUU